AUGGGGGAAGCCGAACAAGACAUCGCUGUGAUUGGGAUUGGGUGCCACUUCCCUGGAGGUGAAGGUCUUGAGAACUUCUGGAAAGUUCUACUGGAAGGGAGGAAUUGUGCUGUUGAGAUUCCAGAGGAGAGGUUUGAUGUCAGACACUGGUAUGAUCCUGAUGAGAGCAAGGCUGGAAGAUCACGCACAGCCAAAGCCGCGCUUAUCGACAGGUUCAAUGAGUUUGACCACAAGUUUUUUGGCAUCACUGAGGCAGAGGCCGACUACAUGGACCCUCAGCAGAAGCUCCUGCUGGAGUGUAGCUACAGAGCACUAGAGGAUGCUGGGAUACCGAUGGAGAAGGCCAGCGGAACCAGGACAGGGGUGUUUUUAGGUCUCAUGAACCGGGACUAUGAAACACUUCUGAACAAUAGUCCUAGCACAAUAACUCACUAUAAUAGCACAGGGACAGCUAUGAGUAUAGCUGCCAACAGGAUCUCCUACACCUUCAACCUCACUGGGCCGUCAUUCGCCAUUGACAGUGCCUGCUCCUCUUCCCUGGUGGCUCUCCACUCUGCCUGUCAAGCCAUAAGACAAGGGGACUGUGAGAUGGCGCUGUGUGGAGGCGUCAGCUGCAUCAUUGAACCACGAGUCUUUGUUGCUCUUAGCAAAGCAAAAAUGAUCUCACCUGAUGGCACCAGCAAGCCGUUCUCCAGUAGAGCAGAUGGAUAUGGAAGGGGAGAAGGCUGUGGGAUUGUCCUCCUGAAGCCGCUGAAGGAGCCAGAGAAAGACCACGAGACACUCCUCACUCUUGUGUCCAAACUCUUUGAGUUGGGUGUGCAAGUCGACUGGGAUCAGUUUUACAAAGGGUGUGAGACAGUGCCAACACCUUUCCCAGUCUAUCAGUUUGACCGUCAAAAUAAGAAGGUGUACUUUGAGGCUGUCAGGCAUCACUUUCAAAGGUUCCUGGAGUCCAAGGGAAUGGAGGUCAUGGGCGUGCCAGAAUUUCACGAGAGCCUGGAGCACUGUUUGCUGCUCGGCAAAGCCCAACAGGUAGUGUGCAAAUUUAAUUUCAAGAACCUCAAGAGCCACGUGUUCUCCCAGAACAUCUCCCUACAGGCACGCUUAUCUACCCUCAUAGAGCUAGAACUGAAAACCAGACGAGUAACAAAAACCAGACUCCAGCAGCCCACAUUUCCCUUCUCAGCAGAAACAUAUGUGAAGUCCGUGCUGAGCGAAACGUGCAACAUGGACCUGCAGGAGAUGAGUGACGACACUGCUCUCUCUGCCCUGGGCAUCGACUCAAUGCUGGCCAUGACCCUGCAGAAUGUCUUCUUCCAGGGACAAGCAGUGACCAUUCCCCUUGUUAAAUUGUUGGACCCAAAUAACCCUGGUUCCUCAUCCUUGCCUCUGCAGCGCCUGUCUCGCCAGGCUCAUGUUCAUCAGCUCCAGACCCAGAGCUUUCAGCUCCAGACUCUGAAAAGGCUGUCUCACCUGCGCCUGUCUCCUGGGCUGCCUCACCUACACUUGUUUUUCGGGGUGCCCCGCCUGUACCUGUCUCCCGAGCUGCCCCGCCAGGUCCUAAUCUGGACCAAUGGCAAGUGUCACAGAGUCUGA